AUGCGUCCUCUAACUAUCCUCUGCGCCCUCUCUACACUCUCAACCACACUCGCGGUCCCCUUCUCCCAACCGUCUAACUCAACCAGCGCAUCAAAAUCGACCCCCUCGUCAACUGGGUCGGCGACUCUACCCUCGCCAACACUCAGCGCACCUAAUUCCUGUCCCGCAAACAAGUUCAAGCAAUGCUGCACAACCCUCAGCCAGCUAGGCGACAGCCUCCUCAAGCCAUUGGGCACGAUCGUUCCGCUCGUGGGGGCGAUCCAGGUGAAUUCGCUGGUUGGGCUGUCGUGCAAGUCAAUGGCGGACAAGGCCCCAGAAACCGACUGCGCGGAUGUAGUCAUGUGCUGUGAUUCUUCGGCUCUUGCCGCGGACAAUUUCAUGCAGACUUCCUGCCAGGACUUUGCGAUCGCGAAGAGGAAGGAGCGGGAGGCGUUUGAGCGCCAGCAGAGGCGGUUUGAGCUGUAUCAGAGCAUGGUGAUGUCGGAGUCUGCUACCCCUAGCCCGACGCCGGUCGGUCUGAUGGGCUCGUCUGUCUCGAGGGCGACGGCGACGGCGACCAGGGUCUAA